UUCUUUUCUUUCUGGACGCUAUUCAUUUACUUCACUGAGCAGUGAGUAGAAACAGCAUGUCCAGCGUUGUUCCUGACAGGAAUAGCCAGGAUGCCAGCAUUGAUCCAUACAAUGGUAAGGUCUUGCUUGCUGCGGUCAUAUGUUUGUCCAUCGUGAUCUUCUUUGUUUUGCUUCUUCAUGGCUAUGCCAGAUGGGUCCUCAGAAUGAGGCCCACCGUUGCGCACGUAGUGAUGGAUCCUCUCCACCGCCGGAGCUCGAGCACAUAUCCUGGGUACACUAGCGAGGUGGCGUUACCAGGAAAUGGGCUUGAUGCCAUGGUUGUGGCUUCCCUCCCACUGUUUGUGUACAGAUCCAAGGAGGACGAGAACGGGCUGCAUUGCGUGGUCUGCCUGAGCGUGAUGGUGGAGGAUGAGAUUGGGAGGCUUCUUCCAAAGUGCAAGCACGCGUUCCAUGUCGAGUGCAUCGAUAUGUGGUUGAUGUCUCACUCGACGUGCCCGAUUUGUAGGGCACCGGUGAAGAUGGAUGAGAUGGCUUCGGGAGGAGAUGGUGCGUCCUUGGUUAUCUUGGUGGAGGAGAUGGAGGAGGUGGAGCCGGCGGGAAGCGCAAAUGAGGAGCCGAGUGCUCUUCGUGGGACGGUGGAGGGUGAGGUACAAGUUGAGAUGCCAAUUAGUUCUGAUGAGUCUUCAAAUUCCAGUUCUUCAUCAUCCUGCUCCUCGGCUUCUGCUUCUUCUUCUGUGGGUUGUUCUUCUCUUAAGAGAAUGUUAAGCAGGAGUAGAUCGGAAAGUAGAGUGUUCCCAUCUCUUCCUGUAAACUAAUGCGAGCUAUUCACAAGUUUCUUUAUUGCCUUUUCUUUUUCCUUUUUUUGUUCAUUGAUUAAAGAGCAUCUUAGAAGAUGAAAAAUGUUUAGAGAAGGCUCGAUUUCAGCGUUAAUUAAGACCACCUCUUCUUCGAGAACCAGUGGAAUUAGACUUCAGAGUCAAAGGCUUCUAGCCAAACAGGCAUGCAGGUAACUCGCUCAAACUUUAUUAGCAUCGAGAAGUGAGCACUUUGAAAGGUUUCUUUA